CUAUCAAAUGGCUCAGGCUUCGCGCGCAACUUGUCCCGAAUGCAGGGCGGAGGUCGGAAACCAGCCUACAAUCUUCGCUCAGGGGCAGCUUUGGCAUCGUGAACACUUCCGUUGCGCCAACAAUGAUUGCCGCCGUCAAUUGGAUUCCAACUAUCAGGCAAGAGAUAAUUCAAAUUUGAUUUGA